AUGACAUUCGUUACUGGUUUGUGCACCUUCCAGCUUGUGAGGAACAUACUCACCAAUCCUGAUGUCAGAGUUAACAAAUCUCGUCGUAGCAUGGGAGUGCUUGACAAUAAAGAGGAGGGAGAGAAGUACGCUGAGCGUGGCCUCCGCAAGUUCCUUGGAACGCGCCCGCCAGAGAUCAUGCCUACCAUCAACCACUUCUUCUCGGAAGACAAAUGA